AUGGAUAAAUUAAACUUCGAAGAAGAAGUUGAGAAGAAUCAUAGAAUUAUAGCAGCCGCGAACGAAUCAUCGGAUCAGUUCCCACCGGAUCUAUUCACUUUGGAACAACGGCGACAUGGAGCCAUAAUACUUCACCUGGGUGGCCUUGUCUAUAUGUUUGUCGCAUUGGCCGUUGUAUGCGAUGAGUUCUUCGUGCCCAGCCUUUCAGUGCUCAUCGAAGUGUUACAAAUUUCUGAAGACGUGGCAGGUGCGACGUUUAUGGCAGCCGGUGGCUCGGCACCUGAAUUCUUCACCUCUGUAUUCGGCGUUUUUGUGGCACAAAAUAACGUCGGCAUUGGAACGAUCGUUGGCAGUGCAACGUUCAACAUUCUUUGUGUACUGGCAUUUUGUACAUUAUUUUCUCGCGAAAUACUUCAUCUCACCUGGUGGCCAUUGUUCAGAGAUAUGACUUUCUACAUAAUAGCACUAUUUUUCCUGGUGAUUUUCUUUGCCGACGAAAAAAUUUCAUGGCACGAAGCACUGACCAUGUUUCUUGUCUAUAUUCUCUAUGGAAUGUUCAUGAAAUAUAAUAAUCAGAUAGAACGAAGGUUUAAGGCGCUACUGAAAGGUGGCCCACCAGUGACCGAUCAGAUACCAAUUAGUAGACCCAGAGCUCCCGAUGUGCAGUACAAUCGUGAACAUCGUCGUUCGAUACCUAUGAUUCAUGGAGGACCACAGCUACGGAAUGGCAUCUUGAAAGCCACGGAAAAUUCACGGAAAAAUCAAAGCUACAUGUCGUCCGUUGCUUUGUUGCUGUUUUUGUUGUUUGAUUUAUUUAUUUUAAAUGUUCAACAUUUGAUUUCCUCAAUUCAGCUUUCGUUCACCUCCACCGAGGAGCAGCCAUUAGAUCUUUCCUGGCCGGAUACGCCGUUGAAACGUUUGGUGUACCUGUUACUGGCGCCAAUCACAUUUCCUCUAGCAUGCACUCUUCCAGAUGUGAGAAAACCGUCAUGGAGAUCUUGGUUCGUGGUAACUUUCAUCGGCUCUGUCCUAUGGAUUGCUUUAUUUUCUUAUUUGAUGGUUUGGUGGGCAAAUGUGAUCGGAGAAACUUUUGCUAUCCCCACAGAGAUAAUGGGACUAACAAUCCUCGCGGCCGGUACGAGCAUACCUGAUCUGAUCACAAGUGUGAUAGUGGCCAGAAAAGGUCUUGGCGACAUGGCCGUAUCCAGCUCUAUUGGUAGCAACCUCUUCGACAUUUGCGUUGGGCUUCCUGUUCCGUGGAUUCUUUACUUCAUUGUCGCCUUGUUUCGAUAUUCAAGUGUGGCUGUUGUCUCAAACGGUCUCAUCUGCAGCGUGGGAAUGCUGUUCCUUAUGCUCAUAUUUCUGGUAGUUGCUAUCGCAUUGUCAAAAUGGAAGAUGGACAAGAUAUUCGGCCUCGUGAUGAUCAUAUCAUACUUGGGUUUCUGUGUGUUCAGCGUUUUUCUGGAAACGGGUCAGAUCGUUUGUCCGUUGAGAACAGUUUCAGACAUAUGCUGA